AUGGAGGCAGAAAAUGAGACACACAUUUCAGAAUUCCUUCUGCUGGGAUUGUCAAGGAAACCAGAAUUACAGUCACUCAUCUUCGGGCUUUUCCUGUCCAUGUACCUGGUCACGGUCUUGGGGAACCUGCUCAUCAUCCUGGCCACCAUCACCGACCCCCACCUCCACACCCCCAUGUACUUCUUCCUGUCCAACCUGUCCUUGGUGGACAUCUGCUUCACCUCCAGCACCGUCCCCAAGAUGCUGGUGAACCUCCAGGCGGGCAGCAGCGUCAUCAGCUACGAAGGCUGCAUCCUGCAGAUCUACUUUGUCUUAUUCUUUGCCGUCUUGGAUGAUUUCCUCCUGACCGUCAUGGCCUACGACCGCUACGUGGCCAUCUGCCACCCCCUGCACUACAUGGUCAUCAUGAACCCCCGGCUCUGUGCUCUGCUGGUCCUGAGCUCCUGGACCCUGAGUGGCCUGCACUCCUUAUUACAAAGCUUAAUGACGUUGAGGCUGUCCUUCUGCGCAGACUUGGAGAUCCCCCACUUCUUCUGUGAACUCAACAAAGUGCUCCAAAUUGCCUGCUCGGACACCUUCGUCAAUGAUUUGGUGAUGCAGUCUGCAGCGGUCCUGCUGGCCAUCGGUCCUCUCUCUGGCAUCCUUUACUCCUACUCUAAGAUCGUCUCCUCCAUCCUCCGAAUCUCCUCGGCUCGGGGCAAGUAUAAAGCCUUUUCCACCUGCGCCUCUCACCUCUCCGUGGUCUCCUUGUUCUACGGCACGGGCGUGGGCGUGUACUUGAGCGCUCCUGCUCCCCACAGCUCACACUCAAUCACAACCGCCUCGGUGAUGUACACGGUGGUCACCCCCAUGCUGAACCCCUUCAUCUACAGCCUCAGGAACAAGGACAUCAAGGCGGCCCUGAGAAGCCUCAUGAGCAAAGCACCACCCAAGCUAUUUGCCUUGGGGUGA